ACCCGGGCGAGUUACCUCCCCGAGCAGCCGCCGCUGGGCUCAGCGUGAGCCCGGAGCCCUUGAGCAGCGCCAGGCGUGGAGCCCCUAACGCCCCUGAACCACAGCUACAUCCCCGCGCCCGGGAGCCCCGCCGGGCCCGCGCGAUGCCCUCGGACCGGCCUUUCAAGCAGCGGCGGAGCUUCGCCGACCGCUGUAAGGAGGUGCAGCAGAUCCGCGAACAGCACCCCAGCAAGAUCCCGGUGAUCAUCGAGCGCUACAAGGGCGAGAAGCAGCUGCCCGUCCUGGACAAGACCAAGUUCCUGGUCCCCGACCACGUCAACAUGAGCGAGUUGGUCAAGAUCAUCCGGCGCCGCCUGCAGCUGAACCCCACGCAGGCCUUCUUCCUGCUGGUGAACCAGCACAGCAUGGUCAGCGUGUCCACGCCCAUCGCGGACAUCUAUGAGCAGGAGAAGGACGACGAUGGCUUCCUCUACAUGGUCUACGCCUCCCAGGAAACCUUCGGCUUCUGAGCCAGCUGUAGGGGGGGCUGGUGGGGGGGGGUUGUUAGGCUCUGUCUAGGAAGUUGCUGGCUCCCAAACCAAGCUGCCUCUGUCCCCGGAGGGCUGGGGAGGGAUGCCACUCCCUAGCUGAGGGCGCCAACCAUGCCUACUCUGCCCCAGGGUAGAUCCUGGGCCAGUCAGGUUAGGAUUGCGCCUCAGUGCUGGCUAGCAUGGGGGAGGGUGGGAGCAGCCCCAGCACUUGUGCUCUGUGUGGUUUGUCUUUUUUUAGGCCCCUGCCUGUCUGCCCAUCUGCCCUACCCCACGUGAAGCUCUGCCCCUUUGCCUGGACCUGCCCACCCUUGAAGGACUGGCCCCUGGCUCUGGUCUUGAUAUGGUGUAUGGAUCUGUGGUCACUGUCCCUCUGCAGAAUAAAGAUUGCUCAGGCCUGCCUGGC